AGCUGCCUCACUCUGUCGCGUCCCCCAAAUCCUUCGAUUAGCCCUAUAUUCCUCACAACAACAGCAAUGGGAAAAGGCACCGACAAGCUCUACAUCACCCACAGCGAGUGGGCGUCGGCCGACAGCUUCGGCGCGAACCGCAGUUUUCAGACCAAGACGAACCUUCCAUUCAAGCGGCUUCCCUUCAAAUUCUGCUCGCUCUCGCUGCAGCCCUACGAGCACCCCGUAUGCACCGACACCGGCGUCGUCUUCGAGCUUACGAACAUCAUCCCGUGGCUCAAGAAACACGGUACGAACCCGGUCACCGGCGGGAAACUGGCCUACAAUGACCUUCUCAAACUCAACAUGCACCGCAACGAGUCCGGAGAGUUCUGCGACCCGGUCACAUUCAAGGUCUUCACGGACAACACGCAUAUCGUCGCGCUGAAGACGAGCGGGAAUGUGUUCGCGUGGGAUACCAUCGAGAGGCUGAAUCUGAAGGCGAAGAUGUGGCGCGAUCUCGUGAGCGACGAUGAGUUCUCGAGGAAGGACAUCAUUACGCUGCAGGACCCGCACAACCUGUCGAACAGGGAUAUGUCGGGCUUCAAGUUCAUCCAGGAGGGCACCAGCACGCUGACGGAGGAGCAAGAGGCCGAGCGCGCGGAUCCGCUCAGCGGUAUCAACACUGGCGCUAUGGGGUCUUCCGCGAAGAUCCUGGCCGCGAAGGCGGCGGUGGCUAAUGCACGAGCGGCGAAGACGGCGGAUCCGAAUAAGAACCCCGCUGCGCAGAAGGCUGGUGCUGUGGCCCGCCGAGAGAACCCGGCAAAUGCGAAUCGUGCGGCGGCUCCCUAUAAUGCGGCGAAGCAUACGACGGGUAAAGCGGCAGCUUCGUUGACGUCGACGGCUUUGACGCCUCAUACGGGCAACGAACAUGCGCUGCUCAGCGACGAGGAGUACAUGUUGAAACCGAAGCGCAUAAAGAUCAAGGGCUACGCACGGAUUGCCACGAAUUUUGGGAAUCUUAACAUCGAACUGCACACAGACUUUGCUCCUAAGGCGGUUUACAACUUUGUGAAACUGGCGCAGAAGGGGUACUACAAGGGUGUUAAGUUUCAUAGGAAUAUCAAGAGUUUUAUGAUCCAGGGAGGUGAUCCGACAGGAACCGGGCGCGGGGGAACUUCAUAUUGGGGCAAGAACUUUUCGGACGAGUUCGAAUCUCCGCUCCUGCACAACGAACGCGGUGUCAUCUCGAUGGCAAACAAAGGCAAGAACACCAACUCGUCACAAUUCUUUAUCCUCUACAGGCCAGCAACGCAUCUCGACCGGAAACACACCAUCUUCGGAAAGGUCGUGGGAGGUCUGGACGUGUUGGACAAGCUGGAAGCAGUACCCGCCGGAGACGGCGAUAGGCCGCUCGAAGAUAUCGUUAUAAAGGAAGUGGCCGUUUUUGUAGAUCCGUUCGAAGAGUUCCUGAAGAAGCGACGGGAGGCGGAGGAGGAGGAAAUGAGGGAGAAGGAGAAGAAGAAGGUCGGCACAGAAGAGGACCGUGUCACAUGGACGGGGAAGCGGAUACGCGGUGAUGGAGCGGUGGCGGGUGCCGGAGGGGCGGCUACAGCUGUAGGAAAAUAUCUCAAGGCGAAGCAACAGGAAGAUGAGAUCGUUGAAGAAGUGGUAGAAGAGGAAGAGUUUACGUACCAGGAGCCGGUCAGAAAGAAGGCUAAGGCCAGCGGUGGUGGGUUUGGCAAUUUCGAUGCGUGGUGAUGAUGCUAUGUCGAGACGCAUGUAAUAUACGAAUGGCUACUAUUGUUUGGAACCUCU